AUGCCCCGUUUCCCGAUCAUCACGCAACGGAAGCAUGUCGUCUACCUCUCGGUCAUUAAUUACGACUACAAUUGGGAGUCCGAGUUGAUGGAACCCUCAGAACUUUAUGUACUUGGCAUUCACAUGAAGCAUCGGCGUGUUGUGUCAUCGUUCAAGGCCCCUAGUGAAGAAUAUGGAGGUAUACGUAUUAUUCCAGACCUGACGAUGGCUUAUCCUUCUAACUUUACCAGCUACCUAGACAAGACAGGGGUUGAUUUGUACAAGCUGUGCCCGAGGUGCGAAGAGAACUUUUUCAUUAGCGAGUUGGACAAGAUAAAGGCGAAGAAGUAUGAAAGACAGCAAGAUAGACGUAGGAGAGAUGCUGCAGCUCGAAGUACUCAAUAUGUUGACUUGGAAGGUGAGGAAGAAGAAGAAGAGCAGGAUGAUGAGUUGCAGCAAGCUUUGAGACAUUCACGGGAAGAGUAUGAGUUUAGGCAAAGGGCUGGUCCAAGGUAUGAGAGGGGUGGUGGUUCUGGAUCUGGCCAGGCACGGGAUCCAGGUGGUGGCUCUAGACAAAUUGGGAGGUUGUUUUCUAGGAGUCUGUCACAUAUCCCCGAGCGGGCAAGGGACUAUAACCUUGCUACUGCUUCCGGACCGAGGCAGCAGAGGAUUGAUACGGGGCCUUGGACGUCUAAGGGGAGGACUGCGAGAGAGUUGCUGGGUAGGGCGUGGUCAAAGGCUUGCCACUCCGUUGGUAUUCCUGGACGGAAGGUAGAUGACCCUUACUUUAGGGCGGCCAUCAUAGAGACACAGAAACAAGCUACCCGUCGGCACCCUCCUUUGUGUGGCCACCACAACCACAUCCGAUGGCUGUCCCUCCACGUCCUCUAUAUGGAUAUCCCCAUAUGUACUAUCAAGGAUACCUCCCAUAUGGAAAUCCUCACAUGUACUAUCAGGAAUAUCCUCCAGAGCAAGAUCCCUCCGAAUGAGUACCUAAGUAUGUAGGUAACACAUCUUAUUUUCUCACUUGCAUUCAUUUCUUUUACAUCUUCUCACCCAUUUUAUUUAUUCCUUUUUAUAGGAUUCGAUGUUACA